AUGGCCAUAGCCCUGGCCCGGGCGGCGGGGCGAGCAGGGGCGGCUGCGGCGCUGGCGCUGCUGUGCCUGCUGCUCUGCGCUCCGGGGGACGCCGGCUGCCACCACCUGACCGUGGUCGAUCUCUUCGACCGGGUGAUCCGGCACUCGGGCAGGAUCCACAGCCUCUCCACGGCGCUCURUGCCGAGCUGGAAAAACACUUUCCGCCCCGUGACAACGAGCUGGGAAAGCCGGGUCGGAAGUGCCACACGUCGGGGAUGCUGACUCCCAACGGCAAAGAAUACGCCCAAAAAAUCCCGAGAGAAGAACUAACUCACCUGAUACUGAAACUUUUGCAAGCCUGGAAAGAACCACUUUCCCACUUUAACCAGUAUAUUGAGCAUCAUCAAGAGCUACCUGAUGACAGCCUUAGCAAAGCGAAGCAAAUCAGCAAUAUGGUACAUGAGCUGAAGACUGGAGUUGAGAAAGUAACAGAAAAGAUGCAGUCAAUGGGGAUUAUCAGCAAUACAUUAAAUGGAAUGGCAUCAUCUGAAGGCGCUGGUUUAUCAAUUAGUAAUGAAGCAAACAUGAUGAGUGACUCUGACUUUAUUCACUGUUUUAGGAGAGAUUCCAAUAAAGUACAAAGCUACUUAAAAAUUCUCAAAUGUAGGAUUAUGCCAGAAAAURUUUGCUAA